UAUCGUAAAUCCGUUGGUGGAAUUAAUAUUCGUCGGUGGGGUUCGUUGAUUUUUUUACCUAACCAACCAACCCAAAAACAAAAAAAGAAUCAAAGCUUUUCUGACCCUAUUUGUUUCUAUUUUAUCCAUUCCCAAAUAGAUUCCUCAAAAGGGAAAGAAGAAACGAAAGAAGAAUAGAGAGAUGGAGAUCAUCGGAGGAGACGACGAUUCAGCGAUGUACGGAGCUCUCGUGACGGCGCAGUCCUUACGGUUGCAUCAUCGUCACCACUGCAGAGAGGAUCAGUGUACCUCUGUUCUCGUCAAGUACAUUAAAGCUCCUGUUCAUCUCGUUUGGUCACUUGUGCGGAGAUUUGAUCAGCCGCAGAAAUACAAACCAUUUAUAAGCAGAUGCACUGUUCAUGGUGAUCCUGAAAUCGGUAGUCUCAGAGAAGUAGAUGUCAGAUCUGGUCUUCCUGCGACCACCAGUACCGAGAGAUUGGAACAGCUUGAUGAUGAAGAGCACAUCCUCGGUAUCAACAUCAUUGGUGGUGAUCACAGACUUAAGAACUACUCUUCGAUCUUGACUGUACAUCCUCAGAUGAUCGAUGGGAGGUCAGGAACUAUGGUGAUUGAAUCUUUUGUUGUGGAUGUUCCUCAAGGCAACACCAAAGAUGAUACAUGUUACUUUGUGGAAUCACUCAUAAAGUGUAACCUCAAAUCCUUGGCUUGUGCCUCUGAAAGAUUGGCUGCUCAAGACAUAACCAAUUCCGUCGCCACAUUCUGAAAUAUUUCCAACGGAUACAUCAUACAGUAACCAUUGAAGAUAUACGGAGAGAAGAAUCAUACAGCUACCUUUGAAGAUAUGGCUCCAUCUGUCGCACUUACAAUCUCAGUGAAGGGAAGAAAUAUUCAGUGUGUUUAGAACCUACCAUUCUGAGAUUAUUUAGUCUGGUCACAUAUAUAGAAGCCCACGUAGUCUCGCUUCUUUGAUCAGAUCACCUCCAUAAGCUAUUUUCGAGCAUGUGGUAAAAGUUUUGAUGUAAUUUGUUGUCUGUUGUCUGUUGGACAGUGUCUGUAUUUACGCACCACUUGUAAGAAAUAACAGGGCUAGUGUAUCUAUACUAUCACCAAGAGUCGUUGCAGGAACAUUUUCCGUCUCUGAAA